AUGGUCCCACCACCUCUAGGAGGGCCCUCUCGAGCCUUUUCCACAAGCAGCGUGCGAAAGUGGCAGUACCCCUACAGCCAGGCUCUCAGUAUUGCUGGUCCUUCUCUGAAGAAGAAGACUGCCAGAACUCAGGUCAAUACGGAGGCAACCUCUGAGACAAUGAAGAUGCCACUCCCAAUGGGAUUAAGACUACAGCCCCCGCCUCGUAUUGCACUUCCCCCAAUUACUGGUACGGAAGAGGGGAAGCGCAUGAUGGGAUAUUAUGUGGCGAACAUAAGCGACCCAGGGCACCAGGUUAUAAUGGAAACUGAGGCCGACUAUGUGUUCGCCAAUAACCAAGACGCCGGUCCAUACUUCCUGAAAGUCGUCCAAGACUUGGCACCGAUUUAUCUUGCCAGCCUGGGGCUCAAGGGAAAAUUUACCCUUCACAGAGAGGCCACCAACGACAAAUCAAGGCCAGACGUUAUCAUGAAGUAUAACGGAAAGGUCAUACUGGCACUGGACUACAAAGGCCCCAACUGUAUCUACAGGAAAGAGCUUGAGCUAUGCUCUGCUCCUUCCGUAAGCGACGCACUCAAGAGGCUCCAACAGUCCCAGGGCGAAGCUUCAGACGCCAAGAAGAAGGGCAGACCCGCCAAGAACCCUGGAGAUGCAGCAAAGAGCCUUUGCUAUGACAAGAACGUCAAUCAAUUCACCCGGGCGUUGCUUAAGCAAGGACUGAAGUACCGCGUGAAAUUUGGGGCCCCGGUGGUUGUGUUCUACGAUUAUGACCAUCUCAUGGCCAUGGAGCCCCCAUCGGACCUGAAGGCGGGGAAUAAUUGUCUCGUGGAUGUGGUGCUGUGCACAGAGUCGACCAAGUCCACUGAGGGCAAUCUGGUUAAAAUGCCUGACAACCAUGUGAGUGUACUCAUGCGAUAUGUUGUCAUGGCGGCCCAGAGGUAUGGUUAG